UUACCUGUUCAUGCAUUGGUGUGCUGAAUUCAUCCCCCCUCCUCAGCCAUCUCGAAGCUUCUUCAAAAUUAGAGGACUUUUUUUUGCUUUUUCUUGACUUCUUUUUACUCUCUGAUGAUGUUUUUUUUUUCUUUUUACAAAAAAAAGUCUUUGUGGCACAUUCGUACAAAAACAUCAUUACACGGUACGUGCCUCCCAAUCCUUUUUUUUUUCUCAGACCACCUUUUAGAAUAAGCCUUUGUAUUUUUUUAUUUUUUUUGCACUGUAACCCUUAUUUUGGUGCAAACGGCCCUUUUAUUUUUUUUGCACUGUAACCCUUAUUUUGGUGCAAACGGCCCAAAAAUGCUAUUGCUUUAUCAUUUCUCGUAGAGAGUACGAGUAGAGUGUGCUUUCCCUCCAAAAUAACGCAGAUCCCAAGAAAGCCAACAUAACAGUUCUUCCAUGAUCACGUCUCAUGUACCUACCUCUCUCCCCCAAAUCAGUUCUCCCAUUAUCAACUCUAAUUCCUUCUCUUUCUCCAUCAAUUUCGAUAUGGGUAUCUCAAGUCUCCACAAAAUCCCCUCAAAUUUUAUGGGAAGCGAAAACCCAUCUCGCAAAUUUCUUCAAUUCAAUGAGCAUUCGAAGUGGAAACCAAAAAUCAAACAAAGUAAAUUCUGAUCAUGAACUGGAAUUAGUUUCUGCACUAAAGUCCUGUUCUUCGCUGCAAGCAGUGUUUCAAGGACAGCAAAUUCAUUCCAUUGUUUUGAAAUCAGGUCUUCAUUCCAAUAUUUUUAUCCAGAAUAGUUUGAUUAGUUUGUAUGUUAAGUGUCACCAUAUUGGUGUUGCUAAAAUAUUGUUUGAUUCGUGUUCGCGCUUAGAUUCCGUAUCUUGUAAUAUUAUGCUCUGUGCUUAUGUGAAAUCUAAAAUGUUGGAUGAUGCCCUCCAACUGUUUGAUGUAAUGCCUGACAGAGGAUGUGUUGCUUACACUACCAUGAUAAUGGGUUUGGCCCAGAGUGAUAGAUGGGGUCGAGCUAUUGGAGUUUUUAAGGUUAUGAGACGUGCGGAUGUUGCUCCAAACGAGGUGACGAUGGCUAAUGUUAUCUCAUCGUAUACUCGUGUUGGUAGAAUUUUGGAUGGUAGGGCUAUCCAGGGAUUGACUUCCAAGCUUGGACUCAAAGAUUUUGUGCUUGUUUCAACUAAUUUAUUGCAUAUGUACUGUGUUUAUUCUAGUUUAGAGGAUGCUAGGAGCUUGUUUAGUGAAAUGCCGGAAAAGAAUACAGUUUCUUGGAACGUUAUGUUGAAUGGAUAUUCGAAAGCAAGGUUUAUCGAUUUAGCUAGGGAUUUGUUUGAUAAGAUCCCUCAAAAGGAUGUGGUUUCAUGGGGUACAAUUGUUGAUGCAUAUAUACAGUUAGAUAGGUUAGUUGAAGCUUUGGUGUUGUAUCGUGCCAUGCUAAGCACAGGAUUGAGGCCCAACGAUGUUAUGAUUGUGGAUUUAGUUUCCGGAUGUGGGAGAGCAACGGCAAUUGGUGAGGGUCAGCAAUUACAUGCCACAAUAGUAAAGACUGGCCUCAGCUGCUAUGAUUUUAUUCAAUCUACAAUUAUUCACUUUUACUCAGCUUGUGGGAAGACUAAUCUUGCUUGCUUGCAAUUUGAGGUCUCCUGUAAAUCCCAUCUUGCAUCCUGGAAUGCCCUUAUAUCAGGGUUUAUAAGAAAUGGAAUGAUUCAGAAGGCUCAAGAACUCUUUGACAAAAUGUCUGAAAGAGAUGUUUUUAGUUGGAGCACCAUGAUUUCUGGUUAUUCACAGGAUGGACAGGCUAGAAUGGCUUUGAACUUGUUCCGCGAAAUGGUGGCCACUGAUAACCAGCCAAACGAGAUCACCAUGGUGAGUGUUCUUUCUGCCAUUGCAUCACUGGGUGUAUUGAAUGAAGCCAAGUGGGCCCACAAUCAUAUCAGAAAUAAUUCUAUCCCUCUCAAUGACAAUUUAACUGCAGCGCUUAUCGAUGUUUACGCCAAAUGUGGGAGCAUCAGCAAUGCCUUAGAUGUAUUCAAUCCAGUGCGACUAAAAGUCACUUCUAUCUCACCAUGGAAUGCAAUUAUAUGUGGAUUGGCGAUGCAUGGGCAUGCUACUCUGUCACUUAGAAUAUUUGAAGACUUGGAAAAAAGUGGCAUUCUACCAAACUCGAUCACGUUUAUUGGCGUUCUGACAGCUUGUUGCCAUGCUGGACUGGUGGAAGCAGGGGAAAAUUUUUUUGAGAGCAUGAAGGAUGUCUAUAAGAUGGAUCCAAACAUUAAGCAUUAUGGCUGUAUGGUGGAUCUCCUAGGCAGAGCUGGGCGAUUGCAAGAAGCCGAGGCAAUUGUAGAAAGCAUGCCAAUGGAAGCAGAUGUGGUCAUAUGGGGUACAUUGUUGGCAGCUUGUAGAACACAUGGUGAUGUACAGGUAGGAGAGAGAGCAGCGAAGAGGCUAAGGAGCUUGGAUACAUCUCAUGGGGCAAGCAGGGUUUUGCUCUCCAACCUUUAUGCAGAUGCUGGUAGGUGGAAUGACGCGCUAGGGGUUAGGAAAGCGAUGCAAGGUCAGCCGAUAAUAAGGUUGCCUGGGGCUAGUUUCGCGUAAUAGUAAUCUGUUUUGAUGAAAUUGGAUAGGUUGCUGCAAUACACUGGAAGUGGAACCACGGCACACACAGUGGAGGUGCUGGUGAGUGAUGAUAGUCAAUCCUAUUUCGCUUCUGUACAACAGUCGGUCUUCCUUUUCUUAGAGAAGGCUCAGUUGCUUAGUAGAUUUGAAUUUAUGUUGUAGUUCUUGAGUAUAACAUUUUGGGUGAAUAUCUCAAUCUUCCAUAUGAGGAUUUGAAUUAUUUUCAUGAAAGAGUUUUCGUCCACUUGUUCAUAAAUACAACUUAAAUUAGCCAGCUUUGGAGAUUCAA